AUGGAGGCAGAAUGGCCGCUGCAAGAGGUCAGGCGGCUGCACGCACGCCUGGCCGCCAGCACCAAGCCCCGGAAACUCCGCAAGUAUCUGAGAAGACUCUCGGCCCUGCCCAUGACCGCCGACCUUCUGGCACAGACCCGCGUGCGGAAGACCGUGAAGGGCUUGCGAAGACACGAGAUCGUGGGCAGCGUGGCCAGGGACCUGGCGGCCCGGUGGAAGAAGCUGACUCGCGUGCAGCCAAGCCCUGGGCGGGCCCAGCAAGGCUCGCCACCCAGCCACUCGCGAAAGCGGCCGUGGGCUGCUCUUGACGACGACGACGACGACGACGACGACGAGGAGCAAGCAGACAGAGGCGCACCAGAAUCCGGGGCGGCCGUCGGCAGCCAGCCCGCCAAGCCUGCCCACGGACACAAAAGGCCCAGGAGGUUCUCCGAGCUCCAGCCGCGGACACUCGAGUCUCCUUCGCGCCCGCGCCCAGCCUUGCCGCGCUCUGCCCGCCCAGCCCUGGAGUCCCAGGAGUCCCAGGAGUCGGCGAACGCCUCCACUUGGCAGGAGGAGGACCCUGCACCUGCCGCGGGCCUCCGCCAGCUUGCAGAGAGGCCCGCGAGGGCCCAGCACCACGGCGCCGGCCCCCUGCCGGAAGAACACCGGGAAGAAGCCCAGGGCAAAGCGGCGCUGAGCCAAGGCCAGACCCUCAAGUCGACCCCCAGGGAGAACGGCCCGCUGAGGGCCAAGGCAGGGGAGGCGCCCCCUGCCUCCCUCAGCCAGCUCUCAUCCAGGGGCGUGUCCCGGGAGGAAAACUCCAGAGGCGGAGCCAAGGGGAACCCCCCAGCCUCGGGGGUCCCGGCGGAGCAGGCCUCAGGGCGCCCCCGCACUCAACUUUGGUCCCUCCCGCAGCUGGCUGCAGAUGAGCCCGGCAAGGCCAAGCGCAAAGACUCGCGGGCAAGCCGGGCAGAAAAGACCCGGCAACACCCUCAGAGCUUCCAGCUCGGAACCGGGCCAGAAGACCCGCGGCCCGGGCUGCAAGACAUCUCCACCCACGUCGAGGCCGCACAUGGCCAACUGGCAGCUCCUACUUUGGCGAGCGCGUCAGGAGGCCUCCUCCCGCAGGCUGAGGAGCAACCCAGCGGCGGCGGGGAGGAGCUACCGCACCAGCCCAGUGUGUCCUUUGAAGCGUACCUGACCUACGACCAGCUGGAGAAGAAAAAGAGAAAGGCGGGGAGACCUUGGGCCGCCGCCCUCCGAGGGAAAGGACCUCAGCCAGCAGAGCCCACAAGCCACGGUCCAGGAGUGGACUGGGUUCAGAAAGGCCCCGAGGUGACCCACAGCCAGCAAGGGAAGCUGCAGCCGGCUAGGGCCCAUGCGGCCAAGCUGGAAGACUCGACCCCUGCCGCCGCGCCCAGCACCCAGGCCAGGGACGGUCCCUCUCACCGGAUGGCUUUCUGCCCACCCAGGAGAAAAGCGCCCUCUGCAGCCCAGCAGGAGGAAGACGCUGGAUGUGCGGGUCGCAGAGUCCAUCCGAAGACGCAAGUCUAUGCCGGUGCCAGGCACUCAACCCGAGGGAUGACGGAGAGCCAAAUGCGCAUCCCGGAACUGGAACCCAUCGCGUCCCCCUCUGCUGGGAGAGGAGUCCCUCACAGCCACCUGGGACCUCUGUUGGAGCAGCACACGCCUGAAGAGCUACAGCGUGCAGAGAGAGACAACCCCGAACUCCCUGAAGAAACAGAUCCCUUAUGGAAAAGGCACUGUCACCGAGACUUUAAGGGUGAGAAACCGGCAGAGCAGGAGUCGUGGCGGCAGAUGUACCUGCGCCUUCAGAGCGCCCGAGAGCGGCACCUGCAAGAGCUCACGGCCGUCAUCCGAGCUACACACGCCAGCAAGCCCAAAGGCAGGCAGACCAAGAUGAUCCGUUUCCACGGGAUGCCCGGGCCUGCUGGGGAUGAUCCCGGGAGGCAGGACGCGCUGCCAACAGGAGGAGCGAGUGCCCCGCGUGCCCCGGGCCCCGCAGGAAGCGACCGGGCUCCCCGCAGCACCCAGCACAGCGACAGCAGCCUCUCUCCCCCUCCAGCGGACAGGCCAGCCCAGCUGGGCCCAAGCACAAGACUUGCUACCUGGGCGCCUGGGGGCAGCACCAGAAAGCAGGCGCCCAAGAAAAUUGCCCCUCUCAUGGCUAAAGCAAUGCGAGACUACAAGAAGACACUCUCCCGCAGGUGA